UAUUUGAAUGAAUCAGUUACGAAUUUCACCGACAUCUACUUCUAAAUGUUGACGGGCUAUGCUGUUGGGGUGGUGAUUAAUUAGCACAUAGCACAGUCCAGUUGUUCACCCCAACGUUAGAAUGGGUCGUGUUCAAGCACACACAUACUCUGCAUGACCUUUUGGAAACAGAGUGCCUGUACAGGAGUAUAUGAGUGACCAUGUGACAGAGACUUCAUAAAGUGCCUCAGCUGGAAUAUUAUCAUAUAACAACGACAACCCGAGAAACCAUGGAGAUGCGACAGGUAACAGACGCUGGUGGAGCUGCUCUCCAUUAUAAGUACUUCGAUGGUAUCUACUUCCCACCAAAUGUCAUAGGUGAUGUGAAAAGUCAUUUGGACGCGAUAAAAAAGUUAAAGCACAAGGAUGGAGAUGUGCUUCUUGAUACCUUCCCUAAAACAGGUACACAUUGGGGUUUUGAAAUCAUCCAUAUGCUAGUUACUGGGAAGGCGGAAUACUACACACACAAAACUCUAGCGCUUGAGUUUGAGCCGGCGGAGAGUCAUGACGCCCUGGAAGCCCCUAGGGUACUCACGUCACACUUGUUUCCUCAGCACAUACCCCAGUCAUUAAUUGAAAACAAAUCGAAAAUUGUAUACGUCUACCGCAACCCCAAGGAUACCGCCGUGUCCAUGUUUUCUUUUUUGAAAAUCCUCAACUCAGAGUUUCUAGAUGGCUACGAAUCGUCAUGGGAAAACUUCUUCAUGUCUUAUAUGAAAGAAAAAGUACCUUACAACUCCUGGUUUGAACAUCUAAAAGCAUGGCUGGAUUUUAAGAAGUCACAUCCAGAAUUACCAAUACUGUUCAUCGCAUUCGAGGAUAUGAAAAAGGACUUACGAAGCAGCGUUCAGAAGAUCGCUAAAUUUCUUGGGGUAAAACGAGAUUCGCAAUUCCUGGAGGAAGUGGCGAAUAAAUGCCAGUUCAAUGCCAUGUCGAGAGAGAAGAAAUGUAAAGAUGAAAUGAAAAUGGGUAUUGGUGGAAAAAACCCAUUCUACAGGAAAGGUGAAGUGGGAGUCUGGAAGGAUCGCUUCACCGUUGCACAGAACGAAAUGUAUGACACUGUCAUAAAGAAAAAUGUGACUGGUAUUGACCUGGACAUAAAAUAUACAUUGUAAUUGUGAAUCAGCAGUAAGUUUAGCUCAUGGUUUAGUCAGACGAUUCCUCAAUCCAAAAAGUUUUGUCUUUUGGAGCUUCAAACUUCCUGAGGAAUACAAGUCAUUCAGGCCAGUAUAUAUGUAAGCAUUUCAUUUGGGAUUCAUAGGCAGUACCAAUGCCAACUAGACAAAGGCAAAUUCAACGAAGCGCGCUAGUUCUUCAUGUUGCAUACUUACAUUUACCAUUUUAGAAUCUGGUCAUCUCAUAACAUAUUCAGUUACACUUAUUAAAUUCAGCAUUUAGUUCAAAUAAUAGACGUAUGAUGAAUGGUUGUUCAAUUAAUAGAACAGCCAUCGCCCGGAGAGGGUCAGUGAUAUCCAGCGUAAUAAUUAUGACGUCAUUAUAAUGAUGACGUUAGCAAUCGGUCAAUAGCACUCAUAGCAUAUAUAUUUCAAUUCCUACUCAAGUUGGACUCAAUGCAACUACCAAAUGUAGCCCUUUUUAUUUGUCGAUGAAUUUGACAAGAUUAACUUGCCUGCGCGUAUGAUUUUGCGAAGGGUAUAGCUUUUGACAUGUUUAAACAAAGAUAGAACUUUAUAUUUCACAUUUUUAGUAAAGCAACACAGGGAAUUGUUCAAACAACCAUAAACGAUCAAUCAACAAAAUAGUAUUAGCUCACGGUUGCUAGCGGUAGUGACAAGUCAUGUACUGCGCUAAACAUUCUCCUUCUAGCUACCCAAUGCAAUUCUGCCCUGUGUAAGUAAGCAACCCCUGGUACAAACCGAAAGCGUAGAUCCACAGGGGUUCGUUACAAAUAUCCGAAAUAGACAUAUCAUGCUAUAACUUAUAUUGGUCACAACACACAUAAACAAACAUAUACAUGUAUGUGUAUGUGUGUUGUGACCCAUAUCAGUUUAUCAUAUGUGUAUACAUGUAUGUUUAUGUGACCUGUGACCCAUAUAGCAUGUGUAUUUCAGACAUUUGUAAUGAGCCACUGUGGUAGAUUCAUGUUGUCCCGUCUUAUAUGAAAUACAGUCGAACAAACAUAUGUCAAUUCAAAUGUUUCGUUCUUUCAAGCGACGUCUGGUUUCCUGUGUAAUUAGGCAUUCAAUAACUCCAGUGUUACAUUCCAAAAGAUGUAGAACCUCGAAAUGUAUCGGCUCUCCACUUCGAGCUAAUAUAAAUGGCUGACGUAGACUCGCAGCUGAGCCUGUGCACUACGUCUAUACAUAAUUCUUCCGCGAUGACGCAUCAGAAAAUUUGAUCUCUUAUGAAUUUAUCAGCAAAAAUUAAAU